GACGUUUUCGGCUGGGAACGUUCGAGUCCGUUGCAGUGCCAGACAAAAAUCGGGACCAAACAUUUCAGAAGAUUAUUAUGACAAACAACACAAGUUCCAAUUCAACGUCAGAACCAUCGCCCUCCUACAGAUGUCCCACCCGUCCUUUCACCACCGUAGAGGUAUGGUUCCAAGUGUCCGCUUUCGAGAUUAUCAUGGCUGGAUCCAUCAUCGGAAACGUGUUUUUGAUCGCCAUAAUAAAGAAAAACCGAAUGAUACACAUUCCGACAAACUUCUUCCUCGUGAGCUUGUGUAUUUUGAAUCUGUUAAUUAUUUUAAUCAAUACUCUACCAGACGUCCAGGGGAGGAUAGCACCGCAACUCGGAUUUAUCAUUACUGGUUGGCCUGGUAAGACUAUUUGCAAGCUCCAAGGAUUCUUAACAAGCUGGACCAUAAAUGCCGCCAUCUUGACGCUUGCGUUGAUCGCUGCUGAUCGAUUCCUCGCUGUAUUUUUCCCUCUGCGAAGAGCAAUCGAUUCUCGUAAAGCAGUCCGGCUAAUAAUCACCAUGUGGCUUCUCCCAGCAAUAUCAAGUUCUAUCUUUUUUUACGUCAAUGACCUCGUUGAAUACAGAGAAAAUAUAUACUGUGUCGAGAUAUGGGAACCAGCCAUCCCAAUGUACUAUAAUACAAUCUACACCACAGCCGAUUUCGUCAUGUUUUAUGCUCUGCCCCUGUUGGAAAUCAUCAUUCUUUACACCGCCAUCAUCUACAGGAUAUGGAUGCGAAGGAUUCCAGGGCACGUUACCACAGCCAAUCAACAAGUAGAACUCAAAGCCAAAAAGAACGUCCUUAAGAUGCUCAUCAUAGCUGUUCUUACGUUCGCACUAUUCUGGCUUCCGGUUAAAAUAAAUGUUAUGUUGGGGCUUUACGGCCGUUCUUCCUGCGUGUUUAGUCCUACUCGUCACUUCCUGGCACUCUUUCUGGCAUGUGGUAACUGUAUGAUAAAUCCAAUUAUCUACAUUGUAUUUAGCCGGGAUUUUAGAAACGGUUUCAAAGCUCUCUGCCACUGCCUCCCCUGCUUUUCUGCUGAUGUUCCAUGUGUGCGCAGUCAGACCAGGGAUGUGAGCGAGAUCAGCUUCUCUGUAAAACCCAGUGGUCCCAGCAUUCUUAGCCUGACGAAAUUUAAGAAGAUUGACGACUAGUAGGACUUCAACUCGCAACUCCUGAAAAGCUAUCAACGAAUUGAAUGAAUUAUAUCCAUUCUGUAUUUUGGAUUAUUAUAUGGCGGUGUCUCACAAGGACUGGGAAAUACCGAAUUCACGAGUUUGAUU